AUGAUAGCGUUUGCACUAUCAUUAUCGUUAUCUGUUUUAACAGGUUCGAAAGUAUCUAAGAUUAUUAGUGAAUUGCAUUUGACUGAGGAACAUAUCCAGUUUUGGCUGAAUAGGGAUAAAUAUCUCCAUGAUUUGUGUGCCAGUGAUCAUGUUUGCUAUUUGAAGGUUGCACGCUUUCGAUGA